AUGUCAGAGAAGGCACCACAAGUACUGGGUGGCACACGUCCUAAUGUAGAUGAACGGUUUCAUCUGAAAGAUGUAGAUGAGAGUGAGGACACUACAGCGCCAGUUCCAUCCAUUUAUACGCUUCAGGCGGAGGAUGACGUGCUAGAGGUGACGACAAUGGAGAGUUUAUGCAUGAAUUGCCACGAGGAUGGAACGACAAAACUACUGCUGACUAUGAUCCCAUACUUUCGUGAGGUGAUCCUCAUGUCUUUUGAGUGCGAUCACUGUGGUUUCAAGAACAGUGAGGUGCAAUUUGGUGGCAAAGUGCAGGAGCAAGGAGCUAAGAUUGAACUCGAACUUACGGAGCAAGAGGACUUGAACCGUCAACUGAUCAAGGCUGAUGCCGGCGCGAUUUACUUUCCGGAUCUGGACUUUGAAAUCCCACGCGAGACGCAACGAGGCAGCAUCAAUACGAUUGAAGGUGUGUUGAAAAAAGCUAUUGAGGACCUACGAAAGAACCAGGAGCACCGUCGAGAGAUUGACCCUGAGAGGACUGAGAAGAUUGACGAGUUCAUUGCGAAACUCGCGUUGAUGUCUGCGGGUAUCACGCUCCCAUUUAAGAUUGUACUGGAUGACCCGUCAGGCAACUCACACAUUGAAAAUCCGCACGCACCUGCUACUGAUCCCAAGAUGAAAGUUUCACAUUACUAUCGAUCGGAGCAACAGGAUUUGGUCUGUGGACUGCAGCCCAAUAUGUCCCAUGACGCACCGACACAAACUCCACGUGUGCUGCCACACCGUAACGAAGGUCUGGACAAGUUUGUGGAGGAAGCUAAUAUUGCCAAAAAGGAGGUGAUUCAGAUCCCUGCGAACUGCUUCGCUUGUCAGGCACCAGGUUUUUCCUGCAUGUGUAUGACGGAUAUUCCUCACUUUAAGGAGGUCAUCAUUAUGUCUUUCAACUGUGAGGCGUGUGGUUUCAAGACCAACGAGGUAAAGGCUGGUGGUGCCAUUCCACCCCAGGGUGAGCGCAUGACGCUAAAAGUGGAUAUUAGCAAGGAUCCAAAUGUGUUGGAUCGUGAUAUCCUCAAAUCUGACUCGGCAUGUGUGAACAUUCCCGAGAUUGAGCUGGAGAUGGCGCACGGUUCGCUUGGUGGAUUGUACACGACUGUAGAAGGUUUGCUCGGGAAGAUUCGCCAGAACAUUGAAGAGGGUAACCCGUUUGCUAUUGGUGACAGUGACGGUGGCCGCUCGCUGCUAAACGCCUGGUUGGCUCGUCUUGAUGCUCUGAAGCAGGGUUCUGAACCGUUCACGCUUAUUCUGGAGGAUCCGCUGGCUAAUAGUUUCAUCUACUCACCGUUUGGCAGUGCUGACGAUGAUCCGUACAUGACGGCUGAGAAGUUUAAGCGCUCUGAAUAUGAGGACGAUGUGUUGGGUAUUACAGAUAUGAAGGUGGACAAUUAUUCAGUGGACACUGGAUUAGGGAGUAUCACGGAAGAAGAGGACAAGACUACUGAACCUAUUCGAAGUGACAAGGAGACAAUGGGUGGUGGUUGUGCUAUUGAUCCAUCCAAGUACCAUCCAAAUCCUUCUGCUGUUAUGGAAGUGCGACAACAGCAAGAGCAUGUGAAGAAACAACAGCAGUAG